UGCCAAGGGAGGAGGAAGAUGGCGGCGGGGGCGAGGUGAGGUGUUGGCAGUGGAAAGGGGUUCGGGCUCGGGGGGCGGGGGGACGCGGAGCGAUGGCCCGCGCCGGCCGCAGGGGCGGAUAAAAAGCCGUCGCGCCGCGGGAGUGGGCGGGAGGGAGAGGGGGUGUCCGAGGGCCACAAGAGUAUGACGGGGCUGUACGAGCUGGUGUGGCGGGUGCUGCACGCGCUGCUCUGUCUGCACCGCACGCUCACCUCCUGGCUCCGCGUUCGGUUCGGCACCUGGAACUGGAUCUGGCGGCGCUGCUGCCGCGCCGCCUCUGCCGCGGUCCUAGCGCCGCUCGGCUUCACGCUCCGCAAGCCCCCGGCAGUCGGCAGGAACCGCCGUCACCACCGGCACCCGCGCGGGGGGUCGUGCCUGGCAGCCGCACACCACCGGAUGCGCUGGCGCGCGGACGGUCGUUCCUUGGAGAAGCUGCCUGUGCAUAUGGGCCUGGUGAUCACCGAGGUGGAGCGGGAACCCAGCUUCUCGGACAUCGCGAGCCUAGUGGUGUGGUGUAUGGCCGUGGGCAUCUCCUACAUUAGCGUCUACGACCACCAAGAAUACUCACCAGAAUUUGCAAAUAGUAAUGACAAAGAUGAUCAAGGUAUUUUCAAAAGAAAUAAUUCCAGAUUGAUGGAUGAAAUUUUAAAACAACAGCAAGAACUUCUGGGCCUAGAUUGUUCAAAAUACUCACCAGAAUUUGCAAAUAGUAAUGACAAAGAUGAUCAAGUUUCAAAUUGCCAUUUGGCAGUGAAGGUGCUGUCUCUGGAAGAUGGAAAAGCAGAUAUUGUAAGAGCUGCUCAGGACUUUUGCCAGUUAGUAGCCCAGAAGCAAAAGAGACCCACAGAUUUGGAUGUAGAUACGUUAGGCAGUUUACUUAGUUCAAAUGGUUGUCCUGAUCCUGAUUUAGUAUUGAAGUUCGGUCCUGUGGACAGCACAUUAGGCUUUCUUCCCUGGCACAUCAGAUUGACUGAGAUUGUCUCUUUGCCUUCCCACCUAAACAUCAGUUAUGAGGACUUUUUCUCUGCCCUUCGUCAAUAUGCAGCCUGUGAACAGCGUCUGGGAAAGUAGUGGUCAUUGGUUGCAUAAUUUGAUUUGAGGCUUGUGGAGGAAAGGACCCAAGUGACUCUGAUGUUUACAAAGCACCUAUGAAACCCUGUACACACCUAGUUCAUAAUCCUCAUAAUUUAUCAACAAACACAAAAAAAGUCUUACUUGAGAGUGAGUGUGUGUGUGCGUGUGCACGUGCACACAUGUGCACGUUUGUAUGUAUGGAAAUAAACUUAUAAAUGGGGACGUAUUGGAGAAGGAAAUACAUAGACCUACAACUUUGAGCAAAUAGCAGUGAUGUUUUAGGAACUGAAAUGUCACACUUAAAGUCUUCAGCCCAGCUACUUCCCUAUUUUUGUGGGGAGAAGAGGGCCUGAUUAGAACUGUUCUGGUUGUGUUUGGCGGGAGGGGAAUAAUUUUUGUUCAGUCCUUCUUAGUGACCAAACUUUAAUUUUUAAGAAUAAUAUAUUGACUUACUGAACUGAAGCAUUCUGAGUUGAAAGGAGCUCCAGAGGAGUGGAGUUCUGUGUUGCUCACAUGUUAAAAUCUUGCUCACCUUCAGAGCAGAGGGAAUACCUAUCUUCAGAUAUCCGUCCAUUUUCAUCUCUUAAUUGUAGUCAAAAGUAUGACUUGAGAGUGUUGCUCUGGUAUUCUGGGUUCUGAAGUCUGGUAUUCUGGUAUUCUGGGUUCAAAAGUAUGACUUGAGAGUGUUGCUCUGAUAUUCUGAGAGUUGCUCUGUAUUCUGGGUUCUGAAGAUUAUUUGAAAAAUAACUCCUACUACAUUGAAAUGCAGACUUUUAAAAAUUUAAACAUUGGAUUAGGCAGUCAAAAAAACCAAGCAAGCAUAAAAGGUCAAUAAGUUGUAAUCUUGAUAGUAAAGGUGGAAAACUUAUUAUAAAUGGAAAGAAAGUUUUGAUUUCCUUUUUUGUUUGAUGGGCAGUAUGCCAUAUUAUACCCAAAGUUCUUUUAAAAAAUAUUUCCAUCAACUAUUUUUAUUUAAAAUAAACAUUUGAGGGAAGUUACCAAGGCAGCUUUUUUCCUCAAAAGUAACCUGUUCCUCUUUGGAAUAGCACAUUUUAGGGGCAUGGUUAAUACCUGAGAUUUUUACUCAGUAAAUCCUGAUGGUUACUGUGUGUAAAAUAUCUUUAAGUAGGAUUGAAGGCCUCUGUGGGGGAAUAAAAUAUUACCAAAGUCUAUAAAAAUAAAUUUUACAUGUUCUCUUUUAUGACAGAGAGCAGCACUGGUUCUGUUAUUUUUAAAAUGAAUAAUUGAUUUCUUGAUAGGUGUUUAAUAUUUCUUCCCUCACUGCUGAUUCUUAGAUAGAAACCAUUCUUUAUAUUUGAUAGACUGUUUUCAGAAAACCCUUAUCAACAAGUGUACAAUACUUAUCUAAAACUAUACAUUUAGAAUGGAGUAGUUUAAUACUAGAUCUCAGAAGUUUUGAAAAAUAGCAAAGAAGACUGGAUUUGGAAAGCAUGGUCUACAAUUGGUUGUUAAAUUCUGAAGCUAUGAAGAAUAAAUGUUUCAACUUUGGAUUAUGAAACCCCAUUUAUGAUUUUUAAAAUACACUUGAAAUAAAAAUGAUUAAACUAAAAAAAAAAAAAAAAAAAGAAA